AUGAAUGAGUAAGAAACUAUUCCAAAUAGAAUUGCUUGUAUUGAUUGUGUUCCAGAAAAUUUCAUUAAGUAUACAAAAUUAGAAAAAAUUUACGAAAAUUGGUAAUAGUUUACAAUUAUAUUGGAAUCUUCCAUAAGACAGAUUCAAGAUAAUUACAAUUGUAACAAGAUAGAAAAAAUCCAACUCUUGUAAAAUUUGAAAAAUAAUUGUAAUUUGUUUUUGGAUUAAGAAAUAUCAGUUCUUAAUUCAUGUUCUAUCGAAAUCUUAGAAUCAAAGUCUUAGUAUAUCAGCUUAAUUAGAAAAGAUUGGUAGUCUUUAACUUAAGAGGAAAUAAUUCAAAUUGCUAAUAUUUUAAGUUAAACAAAUAGUUUUGAAAAAAUAAUAAAAAAGAUAGAAUGUGAAAUUCUUUAAGAUAUUUUUCAAUAGAAUGAAAUUAUUGAAAAUUAAUUUAAAGAUGGAAAACAAUAGAUAAUUGAAUACUUUCAAAAAAUACAACUAAAUUAAAUCAAAGUCAAAUAGUUGGAUUAAUAAUUAAUGGAAAAGUCUUAAUUAACUUAAAGAGAUCAGGUUAAUCUAAAAAAAUAAAUUAAUUACUAGUUGUUUUGCUCAAUCGAAGAUGAAGAAAUUAAUUCACUUGAAUUUAAUAAAGAAAAUUCAUUAUUAGUUACUGGAUAUAAUUCAGGAAUAAUACGAGUUUAUGAAUUUUAACAGAGCAAUAUUAAAUUAAUUUAAGAACUAAAUGAACAUGAUGAAUUCGUGUGUUGCUUAUAGUUUAUGCAUAAAUAAAUAUCUUUUUUAUCAGGAAGUCUUGAUUGCUCAAUAAUAAUUUGGAAAGUUAACAAUUAAUAAUAAUGGUAUAGCUCAUAAAGACUAGUAGAACAUACUGGAUGUAUAAAUUGUAUAAUUUCAAAUUUUAAUGAAGAUCUUAUUCUAUCUUGUAGUUUUGAUAAUACAAUAAAAUGUUGGAUUUAAGAUUAAUAAUCAAAUUGGAUUUGUCAUUAAUCUUUAAAUGAUCACAGUAGUGCUGUUUCAAGCUUAAGUUUAAAUGAGUCUCAAAAUUAAUUUAUUUCUUCUUCUAAUGAUAAAACAAUACUCAUCUAUUAAUAAUAAUAAUUAAAUGAUUAGCUUUGGAUUUUGAAACAAAUUAUCUAAGUAGAAUAAUUAGGAUUUAGAUUAUGUUUUAUUAAUGAUAAAUUAUUUACGUUUCAAAAAUAAUAUUCAGAUUAUUUAGAUAUUUAUGAAUUAAAGAAUAAGGAAUUUACUAAUACUAUUUAGGUUUCAGUUCAAGGUAUUGGUGAAUGUUGGCUUUAUUUUUCUUAAAAGUUUAUCAAAUCAAAAAAUAUUUUAAUUAACAAGAAUGGCUGUUUUUUAAACAUAUUAUAAUUGAAUGAUACAGGGCAGUUUUUCAAUGUAUAAUAAAUCAAAUUUAAAACAAACAAUUUUUUUGGUGGAAUCAGUGGAGAUGGAGAAUUUUUAAUUACAUGGGAUGAUGUUACAAGCUAGAUAUAAAUCAGAAUAUUAAAUGAGCAUUCAUUAUCAAGCACAUGA